CUUCCUUCCACCUUUCUCGAUAAGCAGAAUAAUGUCAAAUUACAUCACGGAAGAGCAGCUCUCACAGCUACCAAGAGAGUAUGGCGAUGCAGUUGAUUCCAUCCGGAAACGAUUACCUGCUGAACUCAGCAAGCCUGAUUGGGGAAUUGUUUGUGGUUCUGGGUUGUCAGGAUUAGGAGAUCAUAUCGUGGACAAAGUCGCAAUUGACUAUGAUUCUAUACCGGGAUUCUCAAAUUCAACGGUUCAAGGACACAAAUCGUCUUUGGCUUUUGGAUAUCUAGUAUCAGAUCAAAAGAGAGUGCCAAUUGUUGCUGCAUUGGGUCGAUUUCAUCUUUACGAAGGUCAUUCACCGCAGACGGCAGUAUUCCCAGUUCGCGUGAUGCGAUGCUUAGGCGCGAAAGCAGUAGUAGUAACAAAUGCAGCAGGAGGAUUACGACAUGACUGGGAGGUGGGAACGAUUAUGGGAAUGCACGAUCAUAUCGGUUUACCUUCUUUGACUGCAUUGAACCCGUUGAUUGGACCAUCAUUCGCACUUGGACCACGGUUUCCUUCUAUGUCUGAUGCAUACGAUCCGCUAUUCCGGGUACAGAUGUUUAAAGCUGCAAAGUCACUUGGAAUUUCACAUAGAGUACAAUCGGGAAUAUAUGUAUUCUUGACAGGACCAACAUAUGAAUCAAGAGCAGAAUCAAAGUUUUUACGACAAAUCGGAGCAGAUGCGGUUGGAAUGUCUACCGUUCCAGAAGUGAUUGCUGCUCGUCAAAGUGGAAUGAGAGUAUUAGCAAUCAGUUUGAUAACGAAUCAAGUGGUCAUCAAAGACUACUUUGACGCAAAGGCUGCUGCUGAGCAAGAUAUUUCACUGGAAGAAGUGGAGAGAAUCACGACAGAAGACUCAAAAGAAGCCGCUAAUCACGAGGAGGUUCUCGAGGUAGGCAAAUUACGAGCAGAUGAUGUACGCAAGAUGGUAGAGUAUGUAAUCUGUAAUACGCCCGUUUGAAGAAGUGUAUCAUCUGUAUAUCUAGUAACCUGCAUGAAGAUGAACAAAAGCAUAUCAUAUAUCACUUCU